AUGAUUAUACUAAUAACAUUAUUAAUUUGUUUUGUUUUAAUCUCUGUUUUAGUUUGGUCAAAAACAAAAAAACAAUAUUAUCAAUUUGGAAUCGGUAAAAAGGAAUUAAGAGAUAAACUUGGAAAAGUUCUUUUUAAUACUGAAGUUAAAUUAAUUGUUUCUACUACUGUAAUUGAAGGAAUUAUUGAAAUGUAUAUCGACAAUGAUGUAAUGAUAUUCACCCCUUUAACUUAUGAUAUUUUAGGUCCAAACGAUGUAGUUAUAAUUCCAUUAAAAGAACAUAUUGAAUUGUAUCAAACUUUUGGUCCUAUUAAAUGGGAUCAAAGAAAUUUAUUAUUGAUUCAAAAUAACAAUAGAAUUUCACAAUUCCAUUCUGACCGUAUCUUUCUUCGUUUUCGUUACUCUCACGAAUUAGAAAUAUGGUAUGCAUUCUCUCAAAAAUCAAUGAAAAUUCCUUUUCCUUUAUUUACUCCAUCUUUGAAAAUAGCUGAUUUUCUUUGUUACAUUACUUGUCUCAAAAUAUAUUAUUUAAAUCAUCAACUGGAUUGGUUUAACUCAAUAAUACCUUUUAGGUUCAUUCCUUUCUUUAAAAUUCAUUCUAUAACAAUUCAAACUAUUCCAACAUCUCAUUCUAAAGUCUUAACUUCAUUUGAUGGUUCUAUUGAAAUUGAAAUGACAUUUUCUUCAAAAAAUUGGAACUUAUUCAAACGUUCUUUUAUUCUUCUUAAAUUUUCAUUAUUUGCAAUCCCUUUCACUCUUAGAAUUCCUUAUCUCUCAACUUCAUUUCAUUUAAGAAUGGAUCAACUUGGAUCUAAUCAUUGUUGGCUUGAGAUUUUACCUUUUCAAUUCUGUGUGAUUAUUUUUACACUUGGUGAUUAUCUUAUACUUCCAUUAGUCUCUCUUGUACUCAAUUUAUUACUAUUCAUUCUUUCUUCAUACUUUAUUGGAAAAGUUUAUGAGUUCCAAAUCAAAAAAUGAACAUAAUGUUUGUUAA